CGCUCGCGCACGUCUCAUCGUCAGCCAUGUUGUCAUGUUGUUUGUCUGACAGCGCCGUAUAGCAACAGGUUGUCAAAGACUCUCAAUAAAACACUGCAGAAAUUCUUCGAAGAAACCCUGAAAGCCGCUUUUCAUCACGUUAAUUCAGAGGACAAUGGAAAAGGAUAUGUUUUCCUCCCAGGAGAGUUUUCGCUCAGCCAAUAAUGCUGUUGUGUAAUAUGACUGAUCUAGCCAGCUGAGACGAGGAGAUCAGGACCGCGCUCCUCAUAUCCCUGCCACCUGCAGCCAUGAAUGGUGGUCGGAGUAUUUGGGCUAUAACCCCAGAGGAGAGGAACAAACAUGAUCAGAAGUUUGACACCCUCUUGCCAGUACAGGGCUUUGUUACAGGGGAGAAAACAAGAAACUUCUUCAUUCAGUCAGGGCUUCCCCAGUCUGUGCUAGCUGAGAUCUGGACCCUGGCUGAUAUGAAUAAAGAUGGUAGGAUGGACCGUCUGGAGUUUUCUAUAGCCAUGAAGCUGAUCAAGAUGAAACUGCAGGGACAGAAUCUUCCUACAGCUCUGCCCAUCAUCAUGAAGCAGCCACCUGUGCCAGUUCCAACCAUGCCAGCAACACCUCUCGGAAUGGGAACUAUGCCAAAUGUACCCAUGAUGCCCAGCGUGCCCAUUCUGACCCCUAUACCAAUGACCACCAUGAGCCCCAUGCCGGGCAUGACUCCCAUGAUGGGCACCGGGCUGUCAGUGCCAGUGAUGCCCACCAUCAGCACUCCAGCCCUGCCUAAUGGACCUAUUGGCAUUCUACAGCCGACCCCCAUCCCGCUCUCUUCCACUCUCCCAGUUUCAAGUUCCUUUUCCUCCUCUCCACUGGGCUUCUCUGCCACUCCAUCUUUGCUGGACCUGGGCUCGAGCAGCUCAAACUCCUCCCCAUCCACAUCACUGACCAGCAACUCUCCUAAGGGUGGCCCUUUUGAUUGGGCCAUCCCACAGGCAUCACGACUCAAAUACAGGCAGCAGUUUAACAGCCUGGACAAGCAAAUGAUUGGUUAUCUAACAGGUCCUCAAGUGAGAACGGCAAUGGCUACAACUAUGCUUACUCAGACUCAGCUAGCUGCCAUCUGGAAUCUUGCUGAUGUGAAUAAGGAUGGUAAACUACAGGCUGAGGAGUUUAUUCUUGCUAUGCAUCUGGUAGACAUGGCUAAAAUGGGACAGCCGCUGCCUAUGGCACUUCCUUCAGAGCUGCUAGCGCCAACAAUGAGGGGGAAGCUUGGUGAUUCUGUGAAUGGAACCACUCCCUCGAUCUAUGCAGGCCUGGCUGAGGACCUCUAUGAGUCUGAGCCUCCACAGAAAUCAAGGAACAAUUUGACUUUUGAGGAUAAGUUUAAGAAAAAUAUGGAGAUGGGUAAUGCUGAGCUGGAGAAGCGCCGACAGGCCCUGCUUGAGCAGCAGCGCAGAGAAGAGGAAAAGAGGGCACAGAAGGCCAGAGAAGAGCAGGAGAGAAGAGAGAGGGAGGCACGAGAGCUGGAGCUGAAGAGGAAGAGGGAGGAAGAGCUCAGACUGGAGCGACAGAGGGAGCUGGAGAGACAAAGAGAGGAGGAGAGACUCCGAGAGCUGGAGAGGAAGGAGGCAGCCAAGAAGGAGCUGGAGCGCCAGCAGCAGCUUGAGUGGGAGAGGAGGAGAAAGCAGGAGCUCCUAAACCAAAAGAGUGAGGAGCAGGACGAGAUCAUCAAGCUCCGAGCCAAGAAGAGGAAUCUGGAGAUGGAGCUGGAGGCUGUGGGCAACAAGCAGAAACAAAUCUCUGACAAGCUUCGAGAUGCUGAAGGCAAAAAGAGAAUUCAUAAAAAUGAGCUUCAGAUGAUCAACCAGAAGAGAGACUCCUGCAUCACAGACAUCAGCUCUCUGCAGAAACAGUUAGAGGAAUUUAAAAGGAAGUUGGGACAGUCGACCAUAGAACAGCAAAAACUCAAUGACAAACUCCGCAACCUGAGUCUGAACAACCUCCCUACUGUGACAGUGAAAACUUUACAGAGGAAUGUAGAAGACAAGGAUCUUACCUGUCGAAAGCUUAAAGAACAGCUUAAUGCUUUGGAGAAGGAAACUGCAGUUAAAUUAGCAGAUAUGGAUCAGUAUAAGAAAGAGAUCCAGGAUCUCCGAGAGAGCCAGAGGACACAACAGUCUGCUUUGGAAAAACUACGUGCCAUUAAGGAAGAAAAAAUAAGAGCGCUAAAGAAACGCAAGCAGGAGGAACUGGAAAAGAAGAGGAGAGAAGAGGAAGAGCAGAAGCGCAUCAAACUGGAGAAGGAGCGACAGUGGCAGGAGAAACUGCGUCGUGAAGAGGACGAGAAACAGAGGAAAAUACAGGAGGAAAGAGAAGCCAAACUUCGUGAGGAGGAGGAGAGGGAGAGACAAGCUCGUUUACAGGCCUCUAGAGAACAAGCAGAACGAGAGCGCAAGGCCCGCGAGGACGAGGAGAAGAGGCGCAGGGAGGAAGAGGAAGAAAGGAGAGAACAAGAGAGACGCAGACUCGAGGAGAAACAGAGGCAGGAGGAGGAGGAGGACCGCAGGCGGCGAGAUGAAGAAAGGAGGAAACUGGAGGAGGAGCGGAGAAAACUCGAGGAAGAAAGGAGAAAACUGGAGGAGGAACGAAAGAGACAGGAGGAGUUAAGAUUGGAGGAGGAGAGGAAGCGUGAGGAGCGGAGAAGGAAAGAGGAGGAGAGACGAGAAGAGGAGAGAAGAAGGGAGCGUGAGGAGGAGGAGAGGAGGCGACUUCGUGCACAGGAGGCUGCCAUGAGAGAUGCGGAGGAGAGGAAGAGACUAGAAGAGGAGAGAAAAGGAAAAGAGGAGGACCGGAAAAGGCAGGAAGAGGAGGACAGGAGGCUUCGGGAGGAGGAACAAAGGAAACAGGAUGAGGAGAGGAAGAAGAAACAGCAGGAGGAAGAGGCUGCAGCUGUACGAAUAAGAGUCGAUGAACACAACAAGAAGAACUCUGUUAAAUCAGACAUUGUUGCUGCUCUUCUGCGUGGCCUGGAGGAGAGGAAAGGCAGCAGACAUCCUCGUGGCACACAGCACAGGAGAUCAGCGGCACUGACCACGUUUAAAGCCCUCUACCCCUUCACUGCCAGAAACGAUGAUGAGCUCUCCUUCGAAAGCGAUGACCUGAUUGAGGUGGAUGAGAGCGUAGAGCGAGAGCAGGGUUGGCUGUAUGGCAGUCGGCAGGGGAAGAUGGGCUGGUUCCCUGAGAGCUAUGUGGAGAAGCAGGCCAAAUCAGAGGCUCCGCUCAUGGCCAAACAGGCCCUAAAGCCACCGGUCUCCAUCUCUGUCAGCAAACUGAACGAAGGACCAAGUGGAUCACGAUUGAGCUCCGCUUUCACCCCCACCCAUGCCACAGGCUCCGCCUCCUCCAACCAUGGUCAGGUGGUGGGGAAUGUGCAAGCUCGAGCUCUGUGCUCAUGGACCGCAAAGACGGACAACCAUCUCAACUUCUCCAAAGAUGAUGUGAUCACAGUCCUGGAGCAGCAGGAGAACUGGUGGCUUGGAGAGCUUAAUGGGGUUCAGGGGUGGUUCCCCAAAAGCUAUGUUUCAGUGCUGAGCGCCAGUGAUGCACAAGCAGAUUCCACUGAUGGAUCUGAUACAGCAGAUGGAUCCAGCUAUGAAGAAUAUGUGGCUCUGUACACUUACGAGAGCCCUGAGCCCGGAGACCUGACCUUCACCGAGGGAGACACCAUCCUGGUAUCAGAGAGAGAAGGGGAGUGGUGGAGAGGCAGCAUCGGAGACCGAGCAGGAGUCUUCCCCUCCAAUUACGUCAAGCCAAAGGAGGCUGAUGCAUCAAGUCUCUCUGGUAAACUUGGAACACCUGCAAAGAAACCAGAAGUAGCCCAGGUGACCACUGCGCACACAGCUGCAGGUGCAGAGCAGCUGAAUCUAGCCCCAGGACAGCUCAUCCUCAUCCUCACCAAGAACCCAUCCGGCUGGUGGCUCGGGGAACUGCAGGCCAGGGGGAAGAAGCGUCAGAAGGGCUGGUUCCCUGCUUCACACGUCAAGCUUCUGGGCUCAAACAGCGGCAAAUCUACACCUGCAUCUGCGGCUGGUAAGAAACAGAACAGCUUUCCAGGGUUGGGUUUUUUCGGGGGAAUCUCUCCUCAUCACUCUCUCUCUCUCUCUCUCUCUCUCUCUCUCUCUCUGUCUGUCCUCACUCUAGUCGGCCAAGUCAUCGCCAUAUACGACUACACUGCAGUGAAUGAGGACGAGCUGAGCUUCUCGAAGAGUCAAGUUAUCAACGUGCUAGACAAAAGCGAUCCUGACUGGUGGAAAGGAGAGCUCAAUGGGGUCAGGGGCUUGAUUCCUACCAACUAUGUGAAAAUGACCACCUCUGAUUCUGACCCCAGUCAGCAUUGGUGUGCUGACCAGAGCACUCUGGAUUCAAUGAGCCCACAGGAGAGGAAACGGCAAGGAUACAUCCAUGAGCUCAUUGAGACAGAAGAGAAAUACAAUGAAGACCUACAACUAGUCCUUGAGGUCUUUUACAAGCCCAUGUCUGAAUCCGGUCGUCUCACUGAGGCUGAAAUGAGCAUGAUAUUUGUCAACUGGAGGGAGCUUAUCCAAUGCAACUCCAAGAUGCUCAAGGCACUGAAAGCAAGGAAAAAGACCGGGGGAGAGAACAUGCCUGUUUACAUGAUCGGAGACAUCCUGGCCUUUGAGCUGUCACACAUGCAGGCCUAUAUCGGCUUCUGCAGCUGCCAGCUGAACGGUGCCACACUGCUGCAACAGAGAACCGAUCAGGAGCCAGACUUCAAAACCUUCCUCAAGAAAAUUGCUACAGACUACCGUUGUAAAGGAAUGCCUUUGUCCAGCUUUUUACUCAAACCUAUGCAACGGAUCACUCGCUAUCCUCUCCUUAUUAAAAAGAUCCUGGAAAGUACUCCAGACAGUCACAUGGACAAUAAUCAGCUGCAAGAGGCUUUGGAGAAGGCAGAGCAGCUGUGCAAACAGGUGAAUGAAGGUGUCGGGGAGAAGGAGAACACUGAGAGGCUGGAGUGGAUCCAGUCCCAUGUGCAGUGUGAAGGCAUCACAGAGAAUCUGACCUUCAGCUCUCUGACCAACUGCUUGGGUCCUCGGAAAUUGCUGCACAGCGGGAAGGUGUUUAAGACCAAGAGCAAUAAGGAGUUAUACAUCUUUCUGUUCAACGACUUUCUGCUGUUCACUCAAGCGGUCAAGCAGUUCACUUUCUCAGGAACGGACAAGCUCUUUAGCCCCAAAUCCAACACCCAGUACAAGAUGUAUAAGACGCCUGUGUUCCUCAAUGAAGUUCGGGUGAAGCUUCCAUCAGAUCCUUCCAGCGAUGAGCCCGUCUUCCACAUUUCCCACAUAGAUCGUGUGUACACACUGAAGACCGAGAACAUUAAAGAGAGGACUGCAUGGGUUCAGAAGAUCAAAGCGGCAUCAGAAGCAUUCAUUGAGGCCGAGAAGAAGAAACAGGAAAAGAAUUAUCAAUCUCUAUCAAUGAAGGCAAGUGGAAUUGGUCGCCUGCUUGUCACCAUCUUGGAGGCAACAGAGCUAAAAUCCUCCAAACCAAAUGGAAAGGGUAAUCCAUACUGUGAAGUGACCAUGGGCUCUCAGUGUUACACUUCCCGACCCAUCAAUGACACUGUCAACCCCAAAUGGAAUUUCAAUUGUCAGUUUCACAUUAAAGACCUGUAUCAAGAUGUCCUCUGUAUUACGAUUCUUGAGCGGGAGCAAUUUUCACCAGAUAACUUCUUAGGUCGCACUGAGGUUCCUGUAGCCACUAUUAAGAAAGAGUUUGAGAAUAAAGGUCCAUCCACUAGGAGUCUGCUGCUUCAUGAAGUUCCCACUGGAGAGGUUUGGGUUCAGCUUGACCUGCAGCUGUUUGACCACAAAGCCCCCAAUUGAUGAGGAUUGACUUCAAGACUGCACUUCAAGCACAUCUUCUCAAGAUUGCCUUAAAAUGUUCUCAACUACUAUGGAACGUACUAAUAAAUGUGUGACCAUAAGGAAGAUGAGUUCAUCUUCUCAAGAUUGCCUUAAAAUGUUCUCAACUACUAUGGAACGUACUAAUAAAUGUGUGACCAUAAGGAAGAUGAGUUAACGUUCACAACUUUGCCAAGUUUAGAUUUUUGACUAAGAGACAUGGGAACAAAAAGGGAGAAUUUGGGAUUAUUUUUGUUAGUUUUAUUGCCGAAAUAAUUUACCACUGGAUGUAGAGAUAUCUCAGGACCUAUAUUUUGCUUCAGAUAUACUUUCUUUAUUGCUGUACAGAAAGCUAUAUUUGUUAUAAUCGUAACUUGCCUAGAUCUGAAGUUGAUAAGAACUUGAAUAUUCUCAUCAGCAACUCUAAACCAGGUGGUGCUGUUUUUAAUUCAUUAUACGUUUGCUUUUCCUGCCAGUUCUUCCAUUUAACUUCACCAUUAUAUAGAAUUAAUUUGCACCAACAAGGUGAUCCUCUAAAAUCGUAUAACCGCUUGUUCACCUGUGUAACAUGGAAGGAACUUUUCUUUGCAGAAGCUUACUAGUUUUUAUGUAGGAAGGUACAAAUGAGGUGAUUAACCAGAGAUGAUUAGUGAAGGUCAAAUCACUGUUGAUUUUGUGUGCCUGACUGAGUUUUAUCUCUUAAUUUAUGUGUCUUGGACUAUCUGCACAUUUACGCUGCCCACUAUAUCUGGAUUGCUGUAAAGCGUUCAGAAAAGGUCUUAAUAUUGUAUAUUUUUGCUGAGUUGGAGUAGUAUGAACGUUUACUCACUUCACUGAGUUUGUAUCUUGGGUUUUAUUUGUUUUAGUUUUAAAUAUAAAUGUAAUAAAGUUGUUGAAUAUUCUGAAA